GCGUCCCCGCCCCCUCGGGAGCGCGCACAGGCAGACUGGUGGCUGCCCCGAGGAAUGCGCGGCACGCGGGAGGAGAGCAGGAGCAACCAUUCUGCGCGAGGCGGGGAGGGGAGGCCGGGCUCGGGCUGCAACUGGUGCGGGCCCCGAAAGGGAGGAAAGAGCCCCACCCUGCGCCGCCCCGACUUUCCCAGACGGAGCCUGCGAAGCGUCUUUGCCUCGGAGGCGCGGAAGAGCCGUCGCGGGCGUGGGGCGGCUCUGGUCCCUUUCCCCCGCUCCCCUCUCCCCUCCGUUGCGCGCCCUCGCUCCCGUCUGUGUGGCUGUCUCGCUGGGCGGUGGUUGAGUGCUGCGCGAAGCCGUGGCCCCUCAGUCAGUCAGUCCAUGAAGUGACUUUUAUGGCAGGCGAGCGGCUGGGCUGCCGGGCUGCCUCGGUUGGGGCUCCCAAGGAGGGGGAGAAAAAGGAGGAAGAAGAGCGGGGCUGGAGGCGCCUUGCAUGAGAGACGACGGAGGAGAGGGAGAGGAGCCUGAGGAGGGCACCCAGCCAGGCAGCAGCAGAGACGACCCAAGGCGGCAGCACCAAGAGCAGAGGAGGAGGAGGACUGAGGAGGAGGAGAGGGCCUUGGUCGCCCACUGGAGCUUUGCGCCGGCCAAGUUGCCGCCAAAGUUGUUUCCCGUCCGGAGCAGGGGGAGCUCGGGCUUCGGCUGGGCCAUGAUUUUCCCCAACAGCGGUGGAGGUGGAGGAGGAGGAGGCAGCGCCAACUCUGCGGGCGGCGGGAGGGCGCCGUAUAGGAAGCAGCAGCCCAUUGUGCCUGCACACCCAAUGGCUCCUCCCAGUCCCAGUAUCACCAGCAGCAAUAACAACAGCAGUAGCAGCAGCAGCAGCAACUCAGGAUGGGAUCAAUUAAGUAAAACCAACCUUUAUAUCAGAGGGCUGCCUCCAAACACCACCGACCAAGACUUAGUAAAAUUAUGCCAACCAUAUGGGAAAAUUGUAUCUACGAAAGCUAUUUUGGAUAAAACAACAAACAAAUGCAAAGGUUACGGCUUUGUAGACUUCGACAGUCCAGCAGCAGCUCAAAAAGCAGUAUCUGCUCUCAAGGCUACUGGGGUUCAAGCACAGAUGGCAAAGCAACAAGAGCAGGAUCCAACUAAUUUGUAUAUUUCCAACUUGCCACUUUCAAUGGAUGAGCAAGAGCUUGAAAAUAUGCUGAAACCAUUUGGACAGGUUAUAUCUACAAGAAUACUUCGGGAUUCCAAUGGCACAAGUCGUGGAGUUGGCUUUGCAAGAAUGGAAUCAACAGAAAAAUGUGAAGCAGUGAUUGCUCAUUUUAAUGGAAAGUUCAUUAAAACACCACCAGGAGUUUCAGCUCCUGCAGAACCUUUGUUGUGCAAGUUUGCAGAUGGAGGACAAAAAAAGAGGCAGAAUCAGAACAAAUAUAUACAGAAUGGAAGAGCGUGGCACAGAGAAGGCGAGGUGAGACUUGCUGGGAUGACUCUUACUUAUGAUCCAACUACAGCUGCUUUGCAGAAUGGAUUCUAUCCACCAUACAGUAUUGCAACAAACAGAAUGAUCACUCAGACAUCUAUUACGCCAUACAUUGCUUCUCCUGUUUCUACGUACCAGGUGCAGAGUCCUUCAUGGAUGCAGCCUCAACCCUAUAUAAUGCAGCAUCCUGGUGCUGUGUUGACUCCUUCCAUGGAACACACCAUGUCAUUGCAGCCUACAUCAAUGAUCAGUCCAUUGGCACAGCAAAUGAGUCACCUUUCCUUGGGCAGUACUGGAACUUACAUGCCUGCCACAACAGCUAUGCAAGGAGCCUAUAUACCCCAGUACACACAUGUUCAGACUGCAGCUGUUCCAGUUGAGGAAGCUAGUGGCCAACAGCAAGUUACAGUAGAGACGUCCAGUGAUCAUUCUCCAUAUACUUAUCAACAGAACAAAUAAUUGAGAGAUGUGUGGUGUUGAUCUUGCCUAGAGAAGGAUGCAAAGGCUGAAACAAUCAUGGAUUUUACUGAUCAAUUGUGCUUUAGAAAUUAUUGACAGUUUUGCACAGGUUCUUGAAAACGUUAUUUAUAAUGAAAUCAACUGAAACUAUUUUUGCUAUAAGUUCUAUAAUAAGGUGCAUAAAGAAAAAAGAAAAAUCCUUAAAUUCAUCCUAGUAGCUGUUCCCCUCCCUUCCUUGAACAGGUUUAUUUUAGUAAGAAAUUUUUUAUCAAGUAUUAUGACGCAAAAAAAAAAAAAAAAAAAUUCUGGCCAUGCACAGAUUGCAAUGGAGACAUGUUCACGUGCAUGACAGAAUUCGUCUCUGAGUUUUUUUUAUUUUGUUUUAAUUUUUUUAAUUGCAUAAGAUUUAUUUUUUUUGAAAUUUAAACUAGUAAACAUCCACGCCGAUGCUCUGUGCUUGCUGUGUGAGUGUCGCUAUAGUGCAGUGUUGCAGUUGUUGUGUCUGUUUCCAUAGCUUUCUGUUCUGUUCUGUUUUUUUUUCCUUUUCUUUUAAGGUAGUGUGAAGUGUCUAAUCCUUUUUCUAUCGAUUCCAAUUUGCCUUAACUCUUUUAAUGCUGUAGCUGUUUCAGUACGUAGUCCAAACUAAUGGUGUAGAAUGCUUUUGACCAAAUGAGCUGGUCUAUUAUGCCUUGUAAAACAGCAAGAUAGGGCUUCUAAGAGGUAGUCGAUUAAAAUUGCUGAAAAAAAAUCUGGCUUUUUAAAGAAAUGUGUAGUAAGUGUUUUUAAUGAUUUUGUUUUUCCUCACAUAAUAAUGUAAGGUUGUGAAAUGCAAGGUUGUGGGCGGGGCGGGAGGGAUGGUGGGGAGGGCAGGGAAAUGUUUUGUGUGAAACACAUUUUUCUGACAGGGGAAAUUUUAAUAGGAUAAAUUGUUUGUAAGGCCUUAUGCCGAAUUAGUUUUUCCUCUGCUAGUUAGGAACUCUGCUGUAUGAUGCAAUGUAGAAAAAAAAGAGAAAAAAAAGAAAAACUUUUUGCCUUUUUCCAGAAGCUAAUUGUUGUUCUAGUUUUAGGGUGCGGGGGAUUUGGGGGCGGGGGGAACUCUGCAGAAUGUCUUCUGUCCUUCCUUUCUUGUAAUGAAUAGUGCUUUAGAAUGAGGCUGUACUGAGACCUAGCAGAUAGAAGCAUUUGCUUUUACAGCAAAGGCAAAAGCUAAAAGACUCUUCUUUUUUUUCCAAAACAUAAUAAGCUGAGAUGUAAAGUAGAAAAAGAAACCUACUAGAUUGGGUACUAGCUCUCUAUAUUAGGUAAAUAAAGACUUGGCACUUUUUAAAGGUAACUUUACCAAAGAACAAAGAGCCAGUAACCAAUAAUUCUGAUUUGUCUCAGCAGUUACAUCUUCUGUAAUCUUUUACGAUUAUUAUUGUUAUUGUUAUUAUUAUUUUGCCGGACCAGUUUGCGGUUAGAAGAAUGUGCCUUUUUUUGUACAUUUGCAUUUAGGUUUUUAUAAUUUUUAAUUGACGUAUGGACACAAAACAAGCAAACAAACAAAAAGCAUGAAGGAAGACUUGGAUCCAAGCAGUGCCACACUUUACAUCAUCACUACAAGUGUUAAGUGUAAAGACGAAAAAUAAAACAAAAAUUUUGAAACUAUGAAAUUCCUGAUUUCACAAAUACACUGUUAUUUGUACUUUUUACAUAUUAGGUAAACUCACUGCUAUUAAAGCUCGUUUUAUUAUGAUCGCAUGUGUAUGAAAUCAAAUGGUAAAUUAAGUUGUCUUCCAAAACUGUGUACUUGUCUGGUCAGCUGUGUAUGAUCAGUUAUCUACCUCAAGGCUUAUUUCCUUUUGUAAUGGGACAGGUUGCUGGCCCUCCCUGUUACCACAGACCAAAUCAUCCUAGCUCAGGAGCUAGGCCUAAGCAAUCCUUUCUUUUCACUUAUUUUUUUUAGUUUUUAAAUUUUGUGUAUUCAAGUACAGAUGUCAGUGACAUUUCAUAGUUUCAAAAGUCAAUGCUGCUCUGAGAAGUGUAGAUUCUAGUAAAUUACAUAGUCAUAAGAAAUGUGUUUUGUUUCUUUUUGUUAUUAUGUUUUUUAAAGAAAAAAGUUGUGGUAUUAUUGGUUCUAUGCUCCCUGGAAUUGACUGCUUUGUCAAAGUUCAGACUUCUUGCAGCUUGUUUAUUCCCUGUAACUGGUGUGUCUCCAGAUCUGGAAGAGAACGGUAGAGGGAUAAGGUGUUAUUUGCUACUUGAUGUUUUUCUUCAAUUAGCUGAGCUUUAGGGUUAGAGGAAGGGAAGAGAGGCUGCUAGAAAGGUCUGAACUAAGUGCCAUACUCAUUAUCUGGGUAAGAUUUGCAAAAUGUAACCUCUGUACAUAAAGAAAUAAUCAGUUACUUAAACAUCACAUAGUAGACAGCCAUUAAAUUAUAAAAAAAUAAUUUAUGAAGAAAGACCUUUUGUACAGAUUGAAAAAAAAAGAUUUUCAUAGAGAUAUCUAUAUGAUCAAGAGAGUUAAUUUUUUAUUUUUGUUUUACUAGUGCCACAAACUUGCCAGUGGUAACUUAUUUGUCCGGUUCAAGAUAACUCUGUCAUUUUGUUGUUAAAUGCCAAAAGACAUUUUUGAACUGUAAAUUUGAUUAGCUUUUUUCUGUUUUUUUCUUUUGAAAAAUUUUGAAUAAAAAAAUAUCAAAAAUGAAA